UAUCUUUGAAUCUUACAAAACCAAAUGAUGCCCUAAUUUCAAUAUGAGACUUCUAACUACCAGAGUUCGAUUUACUUCAAUGUAUUUAGAAACUAGAAAAUUUGGAAAUGCCACGUCAUUCUGGGAGGGGUCAGUGUGAAGUGGCUACGACCAUUAAAAAACACAAAAAAAACAAAAAAAGAAGUGCCCCUAACGUUUAGGACCUUUUCUGUUACCAAAUUCCAACAUUUGUCCCCAACGGUCUUACACGAUCCCCGCCUUUUUCGCUUCCCCUCUUCAAUCUUUUCUUUUACUCAGUCUCUCCCUGCUUCCAGUAAAUCCGCACAUUUCCAGACCUUUUCAGAUCCAAAAAAAUGCUCUCCAUUCCACCACCUCCAUUCCUCCUCCCCCUCCUCCUCCUCCUCCAACUCACCGCCACUCUCCUCCUCCUCCUCUUCAAUUUCAAACACUGCACCACCCUCCUCUCCAAUUGCUUUCGAGGUUUUUCGCGUUCCCGGCUCUCGGAUUGGUUCCGAUUGCGUUUUGGGAUACGCAAAAUGCCCCUUAAGGGCGCCACCCUCCAGGCCUGCGCCGCGUGCAAAUACCAGCGAAGGAAGUGCACGGCGGAGUGCCCCUUGGCGCCCUAUUUCCCGGCGGACCAACCCAAGAUGUACCAAAACGCACAUAAGCUAUUCGGAGUCUGCAACAUUUUGAAAAUACUUAAAAAUCUCAACCCUCGCCAGAAGGUGGAGGCCAUGAGGUCCAUAAUAUACCAAGCUAACUUGCGCGACAAGUUUCCGGUUUACGGGUGCUGGGAGGUGAUCAGGCAGCUCCAGUACCAAAUCCUGGUGGCGGAGGAAGAGCUCCAAGCUGUCCACCAACAGCUGGCAAUGUACAGACAGCACCGCCACCACCAGAUUUCGUCCAUGCCGGAAUAUGUGACGUCACAGUUGGAGCUAGGGAUGGCUCCGCCCAAUAACCCCCUCGCACUUUUCGACUACAAUCUUCCCCCUUAUAUUCUCACUAAUACCAACAAUGCCACCGCAGUGGCUCUUGUAAAUCAACACCAACAGCAAUCUUACUCUAGCAGCAGUGAUGCUGCUUACAGCUCUGCUGCUUAUAACAGUGACUCCAAAGACAACGUCAACAACAGCAACAACAAUGCUGGAAAUCCGUUGUGGAGUUCAAAUCCUUUUAUGACUAACAACAGCAACAACAACAACAAUAAUAACUCCGAGGCGAUUGAAUCUGAACUCGGAGCUCUUCAGCAGCUCUCUAUCCAACCUGACGUUGUUCAAGAUUACGAUGAGUUGCAUCCGUUUUUUGACACCACCGAUGAUAGACAGUCAUACAUUGAUUCCAAAGAGGCUUAUGAUUCAAGCUCGGAAGAAUCGUUCAAGGACACGACACAAUCGAUGGAGCAUGCAGAGAAUGCAUUGAAGAAUGAUGCAGCAUGCUUUAGUCUUACCAGUGUCAACUGAUGAUCAGUGAAAAGUAGUGUGGUUCGUCUUCUUCUUUUGUGCAUUGAUUUCUUUCUAUUAUGAAUUUGAUUAUUCAUACGGGAAACCAACAAUUUUGUUUGCUUCUUUUUUUGGUUAAUAAAACUCCACAUACUGAGCUCCUUGUUUCUUUUA